AAUAGUAACAUAUCACACGUCGGUGCGGAGGUGGCACCUCCAAAAAAUUGAUUUUUCCAGUUAUAUCUAAUUUAGGCAAAUAGAAUAAGACUACUUUACUUGUAAAGCAAGGAAAGAUUAGAUUACCAGUAAGUGAAACUGCAACAUGAAAUGGCGCUUGAAUUGAGCAUUUUAACCCUGAAUAUAUGGGGAAUUCCGUUCGUAUCGAAAGAUCGUGAAGUGAGGGUAAAAGCAAUAGGUGAUGUACUGGCCAGCGGAAAUUACGAUAUUGUUUCCCUGCAAGAGGUCUGGUCCGACAAUGAUUAUCAGUAUCUGAGAAAACGGGUUGAAGGCGUACUUCCAUUUGCUCACUAUUUUUACAGUGGCGUCGUUGGAUCUGGAUUGGCCGUGUUCUCGAAAUAUUCCAUAGUGUCCACAUUCUUCCAUGCGUGGUCGGUCAACGGGUACGUUCAUCGGAUCCAGCAUGGUGAUUGGUUCGGUGGAAAGGGCGUUGGAUUGGCCAAGAUUCUCGUCAAUGGUCAAUUGGUCCAUGUGUACGCUGCUCAUUUACAUGCUGAAUAUGAUCGCAAACGUGACGACUACAUGUCGCACCGGGUUAUUCAGGCUUAUGACACUGCUCAAUUUAUCGAGAGUACGCGUGGAACGGCGGUGGUUCAGAUCUUGGCCGGUGAUCUGAACACCGAACCGGGUGAUUUGGCCUAUCGGGUACUCCAAACCACCUCCAAGCUGACGGAUUCCUAUGAUAGAAAACUGUAUGUCAGCGGCCAGCUUGGCACUAAUGAGAUAGCGAAAAACAGUUACACCGAUCCAGAAUUAGCUAGGAAAAAUCCCCAAGGCAAACGGAUCGACUACAUUAUGUAUCGGUUUGCCGAUCACUAUGAGGGACGGCUGUUGGAGCAUCGCCUUCCACUGCAGGAGCGCAUUCCCGGUAAAGAUAUAAGCUAUUCCGAUCACGAGGCCGUGUAUGCUAAAAUUAUCCUGAAGAAAGCCAGCUCGUCGACUAUCCAGAAUUUAAUUGCAUGUAGUGGACACCGACAGGACCACAGCGACGGAUCAGAACAGUGCGAUAGCGACCAAGACACAAUUCUGGCACUGAGAGAAAGUAUCGUCAUUUGCAACGAAAGCUUGAAGCAGCUGGAAUCUCACAAGCGUAGCUAUUCACUAAUGGCGAUUGCAGUGAUUAUCGUUUUGCUCAAUACACUGGAGUUAGAUGCUCCCUACGGGCUGAAAAUGGCCUAUUUGCUGUUAAGAUUUUUACUAUGUGGAUUUAUUAUAUUCUUUGUAUUUAUGGCUACCAUAUGGAAUGUUAUGGAGAAACACGCUAUACUGGCUGGGAAGUUAUCGAUGGAAAUUGCACUCAAAGGGUUGACCGAAACCGGAGGAUUAACCGGGUAUGACGGAAAACUUGAGAAUGCUCAGUAACAGUCAAUAUCCUCGGUCAAAAUUAGAAUUAUAAAGUAGCAGAAGUUGAUCUGAAGACAUUUUAGAGAAACUUUUUACUCCACUGUGUUCUCUUUAAAUCACUUAAUAUUCUAUCAAGCGAUUCCAAUACGUAUCCUUGCUCUAAAAUAUGAAAUGACAAGUAUUAGGAAAGUUUUAAUUGCAAAGAAAGAAUAAAAUGAAAUAUUUUAAA